AUGGACUCUUCUCAUGUUUCAACACUCAUAGACCUAUUAUCUUCUGGUAAACUCAAAGAUAGGAAUCAUGGACUAGAAGAAUUGACAUCUCUUUUAAAGCUGGAUUCAACAAGUAUACCGUCAAAAUAUUUGUAUUCUUUACUACAAGUUCUUAUUGAUAUUAUUGAAUUGGAAAGAACUAAAUAUGAGAGAUUGGUGUCCGAUGAAGUACAUUCUUCCGAGAGCAAACUCACUGCGAUCGAUAACAGACUUUCUUCGGCUUCUUACGUCGUGAGGCUUUUGAUACAAACUUGUAAUGCGAACUUCAAGUCCAAACAUGUCAAAUACGUGGUCGCUACGUUGCCCAAUUUGAUGAUUGACGUGGCCACUGGUGAUCUGGCCACCAGCGUCAGUCUGCAUUUGUUGUCGUCUUUGGAAACCUUGAUAAAUAGCGAAUGCUUUCGUCUCAAAUUCGAGCCUCACCAAUGGACUAGCCUGGUCGAGAAAAUGUCGACUUUGUUGUCAACUCAUUUGAACCAUUCUCUCAGCAGCAAAAAUGUUCACUGUUUGAUGGACAUUUUGAGUUCCCUUUUGCUUCUAAACACGACUUGCCUGAUGGAAGUCGAAUCUCACUUCAUUGAACCCUUGGUGAAAUAUCUGAGCAAUUCCAAAACCGAAAAUGCCACCAGCAAAGCAGCAUUGCAUCUUCUCAACACAUACAUUCUUCAAACUCACCUAUUGAGCUACUUCAACUGCCUCGAGGUGAUGGAAACCGCGAUCAGAUACUUCUUGUCCAUUGGGAAAUUCAAUACAUCAGGGCUUGCCCACGAAUUUGCAGUUUUCAACAUCUUUCUCAGCACAUUGAUCAAUUCGCCUCUAUAUUUGAAGAUACAAACGGGCGAAUUGACUGCCAAUUUCGAUACUGACCGCUUUCUUGACAUUUUAGAAGAUUACACUGCCGCUACGUUGACAAAUUACGAUCCUGACACGUUAGAAUUGGAAAGUUUUCAAUUUAAGGAAAAUAACUCAAAGAAAAGCUGGCUUGAAUUUCCUGACUUUCAACUGCGCUGCGGUUUCGAUUCCAAUCUGUGCAUUGAAGCGUUUGGCGUGACGCAGUUAUUGCGAACUUUCUUUUGCUUAAAAGACGCCCAACGAGAAGACCCAGAAGAGGGCUUACUUUUCAAGAAAGUUAGAAGAGACAAGACUAUCGCAGCUUUUUUGAAGAAUGCACCGGGCGUCGCUGAACUCAUCGCGUACCUUGUUGAAAGUGGAAAAGAGAAGCUUCAGCUUUUGGGUCUACAAUUAUGCGGUUUUUACGCUACCAACUUCAUGCUUCAUCCCUCCCAAAGGCACUGCCUCGCUAUAGCGGUAUUUCAGAAUUUCGAAAUACGACAACUUGAAGGUUGGGUAUGUUUUGCGUUGUUGCCCUUAGUGUCGGAUGGCGACUCACAAGUGAGUUUGAGUCUAAUCCAGAGAAUUUUCGUUUUGUGCCUUCCUUUCGUCAAGUCCCGGGUACUUUGCCGAAGUUCAUGUGCUCUUCUGAAAAGCCUGGUGAUGUGUUAUGGCCGCGAAUUAGUUUCGGACUCCUCCAUCUGUCAACAGAUACAUCAUUUGUUUGAUUUGGCUGAUGUAAACGGUCCCGCGUUAGUUCUUGAUGAAUCGUUUGCGUUCUGGAAGUGUCUCGCCGAGAUUGAGCUUCCUCUAACAUUUCUAGAGCAGCUCUCGCCCUCUGUUUGUAUCGUGGCCUGGCUUAAUUGUAAGUGGGAGCAAAUUGACUUCGCAAAGCCCUGCCAGGAACAUUUUAGUCAAUUUGUUGCCUGGCUAGCCGGCAUUAGUCCUGGCAGUGAAGAUCUUAGAGAAAUAAGUUUGAACACCGCCCACUCGAGUCCUUAUUUUCCAACGUGGGAUAACUAUGAUGAAGAGCGACAAUUCCUUUUGGCCUCUUGCGGUGGUGUUUCGCGUCCAAAAGUCCUAAAGCUAUCAGCAAGGCCUUAUCGCGAAUCUAAUGAGCUCUUCCAAACAUGGGGACGUUUCAUUGACUACCCCAGGGAUCCAACAAGAGGAGAUGUAGCGAAACUAAAAUGGUGCUGUGAAGCGGUGAAGCUAGGCUUCUAUUUGUCUGGCAACCAAAAUUUCGCCAACCGUUUAGAGGACCUGAGCGAUCAAAUUGCGACUGUGGCUAAUGGCAUUCACGACGUUUGCAGCCUCUUUUCUAGGAGUGUACUUGACGAGAUAUAUCGUUUAGGAUCAUUCAGCAGUCGUUCGCACAUCAUCUUCUCGAAUUUAGGAAUCUCAAACCCUCUAGAAGAGUUAAAAAAGAUACUUCUGAGAGAGAGCAUUUCGAAUUUCAGAGAUGAUCUCGUGGAUGAUUUUGAAACCUCACGCGAAAUGCGGUCACAAAGUUCAACACCUAGGCCUUGCUCGAAUAAGCUGGCGGACGAAAACAUUGCUGUACUAAACGAUGUUUUGAAGCUUUUCUCUGUCAGAGGUCUGCCCAUUUUUGGGGUUUCAGAUGAAGAAAAGCUCACAAAUCUCUUUGGAUUUUUAAGAGGGCUUCCAGAGAACUAUAUCACGGUGGCAGUUCCUGCUGUUUCUCAUUUUCUGCAAAACCUCGAUGAAAACCCAACCUACUCAUCCUUGCUGGAGGACUUAACCCAGCUAAUUGCAUCUACGCUGCUUGGUGCCAAAUUCAACACGUCUAACGAGGCGAUGUCUGUUCUGGCCAUAUACUUGAAUUCUAUUCGCUGGGCAUGGCUAUCCAACAAAAAUGAUAAUUUGGAGGCCGACCUAACUGAUAUUUUUCAGUGGAUAAUCGCGAAGCUUGACGAGAGCCUAUUUUGUGGGAUUAAUACGAUUACUAGCAUAUCCAGGCUACUCUUGAACAUGCUCAGGUUUCACGAUCUUUCUCAAGGAGCUGUUACGGGAGGGAAACAGAAGGUUUUUGGAGACUUGGUUACUUGCAUCCGGCGAUUGCCUUUAUUUACAAUUUCGAAAGCUUUGACUGGAAUUCACUUGUACCUGUCCCAAAUUAGCUUCAAGAACCAGGGCAUAGUCUUUGCCGAAAUAGCGACCAUUUUUGAGUCAUCUUCAAUUUCAUUGGAAAUUCCGGCUUUUCAUUCCCUCAUUCUGUCAAAAACAGCUGCGGCGUCCACCUGUCAGGCAGUUCUAUCCGCACUAGAUAUGAUGAGCGGUCGAGGAAAUUCAUUUAUUUGGUUUUAUGGAAAACGUUGUCUCGACAUGCUCGCACAAUCAGAUGGACUUUCUAGCACACGACAGCUAUUUGUUUCUUGUCGUUUCGAAGUUAUUGACCAUUGGUAUAAGAAAAGCCUAGACAACCCUUCAAAAAAUUUCAAUUCAUGGCAAGCAUCUGCGUUUGAUUUCGAUCUCGAUACCUUCUUGAAGGAGUUUUCAAUUGAGUUGGCUGCUGUUUAUUUUUCACAAAAGACUAAGCUGAGCUUUUUGAAGGAAACACUCUUGAAAAUCAGUGGGAAAAGAGAGGCGGAUCUCCUCGUGGAUUGCCUUCACUUGGUAUUGCCACUUUGUCACGCUACUGUCAGGAAUGCAGACGAGAUAGUGAGGCAACUGAGAUCUACACUUGGUAAGCAAUACGCGAAGCUCAUGGGAACUCUCUCUCAUGAGAUCACCUACUGGGUUCUACACUUCACAGAGGUAGACGUGCUGUCUGACUUAGUUUCAGCUUCCAAGAAACUAUUUCCUAAGUCCACCAUACUGGAAGCCCUUCUCGCAGGAUCUUCUUCAAAGCUCAAGAGCCAAUCGCACAUUCGUAUAGCGGCUUUGGCGUCACUGAGUCUGCUUAAGGUGCACAUUGAUGCUCACCGCUGGGACAGUCGGGAUCUGGACUUUUUGCUGUUGAGGCUAGCCGCAGAUUUGGAAGUAACCAAACCUACCCAUUUGAAAGUAAACAUCAUAAGACAGAUGAAAUGCGUCUUACUUUUGGGGGAAAGCUUUCUGGAAAAUUGCACAUGUCUAGCUAGGCUGGUUCGUGUUUUAGCGCGUACAUUCAACAUAAAGGAUCUACGCAUGGAGUCGCAAGACCUCAUCAAAAGCGUCAUUUCUCCUCUUUGCCUUUCUGCGGAUCGCUAUGAGGGCGCAGUCGAAAUGUACGCUGCUGUUUUUUCAUGUUUGCUAACUGACUACUCCUCUUCGGACAAUCUGAUCGUUGAGGCCUUGGAGCACCAGGUAAAAUUUGAAGGCUCGCGUGCAAUUCGGAAAUAUGACAACUUAUGGAAUGCCUGCUUAAGCAUCUUGAAAGGAGAUAUCCUAAGCGAGGAUGUGUAUAUGAAUGACGACUUACUGAAGACAGACUUCCCGUCAAAAGAGCGAUUUACACUGCUCUCCCAAAUAUACCAGUACCAUGCUGAGCCGCGACAGUUUCCAUUGAGCUAUGAAUUUUCGCAUCAAGUAACCAGUAAUUUGUUGGUGCUUCCAGAUUUACCAACUGCCACGACACCAAACUUCGAUUUAUGGAGGGGCUAUUACGUCGGAGGGUAUUAUUUGAAGUUUGCUUCUCUACCAAAACAACUAUCAACUAAGCCAAUCCUCGCGCAAAACACUGCUAUUCCACUGGUCAAUGUUGUGGCCGAAAUCAACGAGUUUCGCAACACUACGACGAGCUCUGAGUCCUACUUCUUUAUAUCAGCAGUUCUCUCUCUAAUGGCGGGUACAGUCUCUAAGGACUGCGCCCAAGAAGCUUACUCUUGUGAGGUCUUCCCGCUGAGUGAUCGGGAAUUACGCCUACUUCCUACACUGAGAAACGCAUUCGUCGUGGAGAAUGUUUCAUUGGGCGAGGCAAUCGAUGCCGCAAAGCGAACGCCCUUCAUGCAGUGGAUGGCAAAUUUGGUUACUGCUUUGAGCUACGAGAUUGAUUACCUCUUGCCUGGGUUUCGUGCAGUUGCAGCUUUGGCGUAUGAAAAAUUGAACUUUCUAGAGACACUUUUUCUAUACAUGUUUUUGGUCUUAGAACGGAUGGAUUCGAAACGAGCUUUCUCUUUUAUAUCGCUCUUCUUCAAGACUUGUGAUAUGUUGACUACUGAAUCUGACAUCGUUGACUCCCGCCCGAAAACCCUUCUUUUACUUCAUGUGUUCUCUUUAGUACGGUCCGAAGCUAUGAAGGGAAACAGCUCGUUGAAGAAGCUUUAUCUCGGGUUCGAUCUCAAGAAGUUUUUUAACCUUGCUUCGACUGUGAAUAUGGUUAAGCUUGCCUUCAUGCUCUUCGAGGAAUUUACGACUAAAGUAAAUCCGGACGACGUGGAACUUUUACAACCUGUUCUUUACGCCCUGGGGGACUCAGACCUCACUCAAGCUUUACCUAUUGAGCCGUCACUUGAACACGCUUUUUCCACCGUGAACGAGUUCGAUUCAAGAAGUAUCAAGAACUUUAUGUUCAAUAAUUGUAAGUUUGACGUUGACACCGCAAUGGGGAAGAGUCCUCAAAAGAAUGAUUUAAUUAGAGCGAGCAGCAUGAAUGGUUUCAAGGGACUAGCAGAUUUGCUGCGCAAUGUCAAUACAGCUCAAGAUUGUAGUAAGAAGCAAGAUCCUUUCGAAUGGUACUUGAGGUUGAAUAGAUGGGAUGUUCCGGUCCCUGAGUACCUUUCUUCAGAUUCCAGCGCCAUUUAUGCACUCUCCAAGAAACUGAUCAAUUCACCUGACAAUGGUACUAUCGAAUUGGUAAGAAAUCACUUGAAAAAAGUUGUGGCCGACUCUACCUUGUUUCAUAGCAAGAGGGCGUGGGCAGGAUCGUUGGUUGCCACCAUAUGUGCUGAAAUGUUUUACGAACACGCCGAUAACGAAUCAGUUCUGAAAGCACUUGUCGACCAAACGGAAUCGUACGAUGUCAAAUGCAUUGAAAAUACCUCCUUUUUUGACCAUCAAACGCAGAUGAAAGGACGCCAGAACAUCCUAGGCGUCUCAAGCAACAAGCACUCGACCGAGAACAGUGUUGCGAACCUGAAAUUCUGCGAAUUACUCGAAAUAUGGAAGUAUGCCUUUCUUUCUCGAGAAAACAACGAUUUACAAGAAUCGUUAACUUCAGCAAUGCUUCUGGAUAAGAAAGUCACGUCGCUGGCAGUACCGUCAGACUCCGGGCUUUGGAAACGUUUGGCACACUUUGAGGGUGCUCAGGCCCUUUGGCUGCAAGGCGACUAUCAAAUAGCGAUUUCGAUGCUUGAGGGCCUUUCUCAAAGUUUUGACGACGUAAAUGCCGACAGGAACUUGCUAGAAAGCAAAGCGAGCUUUUCACAAGUUCAACUAAAGGCCCGUCUAGUGGAAUGGACCUCAUUGCUGAGAAAGGAGAAUGCUCAGUCCAUAUAUGCCAAAUACAUUUCUGAGACAGGAAGCGAAGUGUCUGCGGUUGAAGAAUACAAUGACCGUGCUAAAAUAUUCUUACAAUUCGGUGAGUUUUGUCUAAAGCAGCUGAGGCGACUCGAGAAUGACACUACGGCUAAUGAGCGGCAAUCGCGAUCAGAUUACGGGAAGGUGGAACUUUCCGGUCUGCUGGAAAUCGUGCGCGACUCCAACGCCAACGAACGAGAUCGAAAAGAAGCAAGGAAACAUUUUAAUAGACUAAAGCUACAAAUCGAACAAGACCAAGAGAUUUUAGUCAAUCUGUUUAAGCAGCAAAAACUUUUUGCCUGGAAAUCUGUUCACUUUUUUCUAAGCGCUCUGGUAUACGGAAAUCAACUGGACGAUGAUGUUUUAGACAAAUUCUGCGGUCUAUGGUUUCAAUACGCUGACGACGGAGACCUCAAUUCCAAGUUGUAUCAUGAAAUUAGCUCAAUUCCUAGUUUCAAAUUCGUUCCGUGGAUCCAUCAACUAACAUCUCGCCUCAGUAUCGAUAGUACACCGUUUCAGCGUAAUUUACAACUCACGCUUAAGCGAGUAAUGUUCAAGCUCCCAAACGAGACUUUGUACCCGCUUGUCAGUCUCAAACUUUACAAGAAGGUCCAGCCAAUAAAUGAUCCAGGCAUUUUGCUAAGAGUGAAAGCAGUGGAAAAAUUGUUUGAAGAGUUAGAACGGUAUGACAGUGGCCAUUUCUUGAGAGAGUACCUCGAUCCAAUUGAGGAAUUCUGUGAGAAAGCGGUCGACUUUUCGUGCAUGAAGGCUCCAAAGGACAGUCGCAGUCUUGACUUAAGAAGUUGGAGAUCUGGCAAGUAUUGGCUUGAGUCAAUAGGACAGAGGAGCUUAUCUUUACCUACCAAUCCGGCGAUCAUUACGUGCUCUGCAGACGGUCGCAAAUUGCGUCCAACCAUAACGCACCUCGAUCCGGUCGUGCAAAUUUCAUCCUCUGGGCUGUCACUUCCAAAGAUUGCAACAUUCUACUUAUCCGACGGAACUAAGCACAAAGUGCUUUUGAAGGGAAGUAAUGACGAUCUUAGACAAGACUCUAUCAUGGAACAAGUUUUCAAACAGGUUAAUCAAAUCUUGAUCAAAAACGAGCAAACAAGGAAGCGCAAUUUACGAGUUAGGACCUACGAAGUCGUACCUUUAGGCCCUCGGGCUGGUCUUAUCGAGUUUGUUGCCAAUUCCGUCUCUCUUCAUGAGGUAUUGAGUAAGCUACACAGGAAUGACGAGAUGCCUUUCGAGAAGGCCAGAAAAUUAAUGAAACAAUGCCAAAGCAAACCGCUCAAAGAUAGAGUUGGAACUUAUUCAUUCAUAUGCGAUUCGAUAAAGCCUCAACUUCGAUCUUUUUUUUUUCAGUCCUUUGUGGAUGCCCAGGAAUGGCUAGAUGCCAAAUAUGCCUAUACCAAAGGUGUCGUUACGACCUCUAUUGUGGGCUACGUUUUGGGACUUGGUGAUAGACACUUGAAUAAUAUUUUACUGGACAAGUCCAAUGGUGAGCCCGUGCAUAUAGACUUGGGCGUUGCAUUUGACCAAGGAAAGUUUCUAGCUAUACCAGAGCUUGUGCCCUUUCGACUAACACGAGAAAUGGUCGAUGGUUUCGGAGUAACAGGAGUUGAUGGAAUCUUUCGUAACAAUUGUGAACGAGUCUUUUCUGUGUUGCAUAAAGAGCGCGAUAGGGUGAUGAGUGUUUUGAAUGUACUGAAGUGGGACCCGUUGUAUUCUUGGGUAGUAUCACCGCUGCGGAAGAAAAAGUUGCAGGCAAACUUCUCUGACGACAGUGCAGAGCUUGAGAUCAAUGCUAGUGCCAUUGGCUUGAAAGAAAACAACAACGAAUCUAUGCGGGCAUUGAAAGACGUUGAAACGAAACUUGAAGGGAAUGGCUUGAGCGUCGAAGCCACGGUACAAGAGCUUAUACAGCAAGCCACUGAUGUAAACAAUCUGGCAACCAUAUAUAUGGGCUGGUCGCCAUUCUACUAA